AUGCCGAAAACCACCAUAAACAACCACCGCAAAAUCAACCGUUGCAAUUCCACCAACAACGCAAGAAACUGGGCAGAUCUUCCAACAGAAUUACUCGAAAAAAUUGGAGAACAUCUCAAUUCUCGAAUCGACGUUUUCCGUUUCAGAGCUGUUUGUUCUUCAUGGAGGUCCGCCAUUUCUCUCUCUCCUUCUUCGUAUAUCAAUGAUUUCACAUUUCCUUUCAUUGUUUGUCGUCUUGAACAUAAUCGUCGUAGUUGUUUGGUUAAGCUUAUUGAAACCACCCAAGGUGGGUUCAAGGUGUUGAACCCUUUAACUAUUCCUAAAGCAGAGUUCAUUUGUGGUAAGAGUCUGAAUUUGUUGGAUUGUCGGUUGAUUGAAUUGGGGGAAGGUUUGCAUUUUGAUUCGAGUAUUGAUUAUGGUGAAUUGAAUGUGAAGAAAGCUGUUUUGUUUCGUGGGGUUGGGAUUGUUGCUAUUUAUGAUUAUGUGAAAUUAGGGUUUAGGGUUUUUUGGGAUGAUAAUUGGACCAAUUUAAGUAAAAAUCCGAAAAUUCUGUAUACUGAUAUAGUAUUAUGUCAGGGUGAAGUUUAUGUGAUGGACAAAAAUGGGAAUGUGUAUUGGAUUGAUAAGUCUAUGAAUGUUGUUAAAUAUUUGCCCCGGCUUAAUUCGUCGGGGCAGCAGAAGAACUUAGUUGAAUCUGAAGGGCAAUUGUAUGUUGUUGAAACAUAUAGUCGUUUGUGGACGGAAUUUGAUGAAUUUGGAGAGCUUAUUGAUAGUGGAACUGAGAAGGUAGAUAUGAAGGUAUAUAAGUUGGAUGACAAAUGGGGGAUUUGGGUUCAGGUUACUUCGUUGAAUGAUCGAGUUUUUGUUCUAGGAGAAGAUGUUUGUUUCUCUGUUUCGAUUAAUGAUUUCCCCAGUUGUGAGGGAAAUUGCAUAUAUUUCAUUGAUCGUUUAUCUGCUAGGGAUGCAGCGUUUUCACAUAGGCUUGUGAGAUAUUAUGAUGCUAAAAUCGGGUACUAUGUCCCUCGUGUCUUUAAAUUGGAUGAUCGCGUCAUGAGAGAUGUUCAAGUGUCGUCACCUAGCCUCAAGCGAUUGUUCUCCCUUCCCAAGGAUUGUUUUUGCUCAACCCUAUCCUCACCCUAA